AUGGAAAUAAAGAAGAAGAAAGGAAUCGAAGACAAGAUAGUAUCCAUAAAUCAUAAAACCCAAGGAAUACCUUUGACAAGAGACGAGAUUAGGAUCCCGUCGAAGCUUCUCCGUCCGCAGCAAGACGACGAACGAACAAGGAAGCAAUCUCAGAUCUCCGACUUCGAUUGCGCUCAGAUUUCCGACUUCGUCGAAGCUUCUCCGUCGGCGACACGUAGCAGCCCUGAGACGUCUCAGCCGUCUCACCCCACUGAUCCGUAUCAGACCAUUAUUGAAUGCACCUCUAAGACCAUCUAUGGGUAUCAUUAUAUUAAAUAUGAUUAA